ACCAGUGGGAGUGAUUAUUCACGCGACAACACCUGGAGAGAGGAAACGAGGACAUGGACUUCUGGGAGAAACUUUACUUCAAACCCAUGAAGAUUGUGUCCUGCUGGGCUGGACAAUGGCCUUAUCAAUCAGCCGUAGAACGCACUGUCAUCAGGAUCCUACUGGUGUCAGCCGUUGGCAGCCAAAUAAUCUCUCAGAUUGCAGCCGUUGCCGAACACUCGAACGAUCUCGAUUUCUUCAUGGAAUUGGUCCCUCCGUUCGUCGUUGAACUCACCUGCUUCACGAAGAUGAUAAAUUGUUUUUUUUUCCUGGGAAAGAUAAAAAUCCUGUUAGAGCAGCUGAAGGAAAAUUGGGAAUUUUUUCCCAGUGGUCGUGAGAAUGAGCUACUCCGUGAGCACUCAAAAUUCGGAUUUCAGAUAUCGAUGUUGUUUUUAGGUACUCUGUACGGAUCUGGAUUUAUAUUUGCAACGCAGCCAUUCCAGACGAUAAUUUUGCACCUUGUUCUCAAUUCGAGCCACAGUAUACCCCAUCCAUUUCUCAUCCCAGCUAAUUGGGGACCAAUUGAUCCUGACAAAUAUUACUUUCCCCUCAUUACACUGUCUGCAGUGUCUAUUUAUUGUGUCGUAACGAUGCUCGUUGCCAUUGAUUGCGUAUUUUACACAUGCUCCAGUCAUGUCUGCGGUUUAUUCGCUGCUUUGGGAUAUUCAAUUGAACGUUUCGAAUUCAAUGACAAUUGCCGGAAGGACGAUGGAUUCGCUUUUCUUAGACGGUGUAUUCAGAUUCAUAAUAGGGCACUAGAAUUUACGAGUAUCAUGGAAGACGUAUUGACAUUUAAUUUUUUAUUGAUGCUCGGAGGAGUGACAAUGGCGAUGAGUUUGACUGCUGUUCAGAUGGUAAUUAAUUUCGAAGCGAUAGUGAAACUCCUGAAGAACCUCGCGUUCGCAAUCACUCAAAUUACCCAACUCGCGAUCAAGUGCUGGAUGGCACAACGCAUGAUGGAUAUGAGUCUCAAUAUAAAAUUCAGUCUAAUAAAUUCCAAGUGGUACCUGGCAACUCCCAGAGCUCAGAAGCUGAUAGGCUUGAUGAUAAUGAGGAGUGAAAUUCCGUGCGAAAUAACCGCUGGAAAAGUAAUCGUCAUGUGUUUGGAGACAUUUUCAUCGAUUGUCAGAGUAUCCGCAUCGUAUUUCACAAUGUUCCUGGCUCUUCGAUAAAUAGCGAAUUCAUUAUGAUUUGAUAGUACAGAGGCGUUGGCCUCUUAGAAGAUCGCGAGUGACAAUUGCUCUUCGGAGUUUUCUUUAUUUGAAAUAUAUUCGU